AUGCAAUUCACCACCACCUUCUUCGCUCUCGCCUCCGCGCUCCUCUUCGUCCUCCCCGCGGUCAACGCCAUCGCUUGUGACCCCCUGUCCGCUUGCAACGACAAGAACCACUACAACGCCGGCCAUUCAUGCAAGUACUACGUGAGCGCCUGCACGGGCGAUGUCAUCGAAGGCUACUGUGUUUCUACCAGCGGCGGCUUGGUUUGCCAGUAG